AUGUUCAGCUCUGUUUUCCAAAUUAUCGAAGUGGCUCCUGAGCCUGUCAACCAAUCUCGUCGGCUGGGUGGAUCUGAAAUCGCUGGACUCGAUUGGUUCUCCUAUCAGCUGAAGAAAGGGUUGGACGAGCCCAAGUCUGGAGGGCUGAAAUAUCCAAGCCGCCAUCCAAGUCGAUACACUGACACCAUCACCAUCAGAAACCAAGGUUCACAGUUCGUGAAGGAAAGACUUACAGCCAUGAAAGCGAGAUCAUCUCGUAUAUUCCAAUCAGGGUGA